AUGCGAAAGGAGUGGUAGAUUAAGGAGAACAGAACUAAUCAAGCAACAAUCGAAUUUCCAUUUGAUGUUGAAGACCCUAAACUUAUGCAUAAAGCUAUAUUUUCAUCUCCAUAGAAUUCAUUAUUGAAAAUAAAGGCUACUUAGGAAAAUAUUCAAACUAAGCUAAGCAAGUUUGAGGAUAGUUUUGCCUAGAGAUUUCAGGAUCAAAUUGUGAAAAUAGGAAAGAAGAAAAUUUUAGAUUCUGUCGAGAGUAAUGAGAAGAAUGAAUAGAGUAAUCUUUAAAAAAUAGAUGUCUCUGAAUAUUUUGAUGCAGUAAGGAGUGCUAAGAAGGAAAAGGAUAAAGAAGUCAUAUAGGAGAAUAAAGAGUUGCAAAUUAAGCUCUAAAAAUAGCUCAGCUAAUUCAAAAACUUAAAGGAUGUGAAUGAUAAACUAUUCUAUACACCCGCUCUCAAUCUGUCAUCAAUUAAAUCUCCGGUAGUCAAUAUUGACAGCAUUAAUGAUAGAAUUAAACCACUGAGCAAUAACCUUAGUAAUAAUGACUAUAAAACAAAUUCAAUGGGUCAUUUAAACUCAAUGAAUUCAACUAUAAUUAUCCAAGAUUAUAGGUAGUAAUAGCAAGCAAACGAUGGAAGUACCAGAAAUAAAAGUAGGUCUCCUGAUAGACCAAAUCCUAUGAGACAUCAGCUUUUAUUAAGAAGGUAUAACAUAAGAAAAGCAGAGGAACAAAAUAAUAUAAUGUCUGGAUCAAGAAGAGAUUCUAUAGAGAAUUAGUAGCAAACUUUAAAAUGCCUAAACGAACAAAAUAAAUUAUCUUACAAUAAGGAUGCUUUUUUGAGAUUUUAUAAGCUUAAGUAAUCACUUUAAUCUCAAAAUAUACUUUUUAACCAGCUUCAAGAAUAGUAAAAAAUUAGCAAUAAUGGUAGUAAUCUAUCAAAUGUAGAAAAUAAUCCUGAUUUCUUUGUCACGGCAAAGACAUACUUUCAUUAGCAGAAUAUUAGACAUAUUAGUAUCGGAUUCGCAAUUAGUGCUAUAAAUGACAAUAUUUAUUUAAUCGGUGGGAAGAUAUCUUCCUUUACAAGAAAAGGAAUAAGCAAGGCUUUCUAUGAUUCUGGUUUGUAAAAUCUUAGAUUUGAGGAGAUACUUGAUCCUUAAUAAGAUUAAUCUGCACUAUUUAACGAUAUAUUCAAUAGAUACGGUCACCAUAUGCACACAUUCGAUGAUUAGCUAGUAAUUGUUGGAGGUGAAUCUGGAGCCAUAAACAAUAACUCAGUAAGAGCUGUAAUUGGUGAUAUUGCAUUUUUAAAUGUAAAAAACAUGAGAAGACAAGUGAUCAACUUUAGAAGGCCACUUUUUAAGUUAAGAGCUUUCGCAAGCUGCAUUCUUGGUAAAUACCUCUAUUAGUUUGGAGGUAUUAUAGAAUCUGGAGAAGUUUCGAAUAAAUUAAUAAGAAUAAAUCUCACUUAAGACAAAAAUGAGCUCUUCAAAUGGAGUGAUGUUGAUUUAUAAAUUGACUAAAAAUCUCUUAAGUCAAUCCCUGCUCGAUCCUAUGCUUCAAUAGAGCCAGUAUAUUAUGAAUAGAAAAUUAAGAAGUACAAAGGAAGAAAUCAGGAUUUUAAUCUGAGAUCACUUACUUAAGAAAUAGAUUGGAAAUUAGCCUCUAGUUAUAUUGAAGAAGAGGGUAUGUAUAUUUUUGGUGGACUUGACGACUAAACUUAACCAAGCAAUGAUUUAUUUAUCAUUCAAAUUGACUAAUAUAAAAUUCAUUAAAUCAAAAAACUCAUAACAUUUGGUAAAAUACCUGCUAAGAGGUUUAUGCACUCAAUGAACUUAUUUUAGUAGUCUAACGUCUUGAUAAUAACUGGGGGUAGAAAUGAUAACUUGCCUUAGAAUAAUAUACUUGGAGACAUGCAUGUUUUAUAUCUUGAUUCUUUAACAUGGAUAGAAGUAUCAUUUUGCAGUGCCAAAAUUAUACCUAGAUUCUAGUUCCAGUCAGUCAUAAUUGAUACUAAACUUAUAAUUAUUGGCGGAAUGAACAGCAGCUAUAAAAUAAUGCACGAUUAUGAGGUUAUAGAGCUUGAUUAAGAGACAAAUUUCUAGAAUCACGCAAGCAAGUAUCUUUUUAAGAAAAUGGGCUCAUUUUUAAGAGCCAAUCUCGCAAAGAAAAAGUCUAUGGAAUUCAAUAAUCCACUUCAACAAAGCACUCUAGAUCUAUAAAUAGAGUAACAUCAAGUUAACAAAGAAACUCCAUCAGUAAUAAAAUAAAUGAGAUCAAAGGAAUAGAUACUACAAGAUUUAUUAAAGUUAAAUCUUUCAAAAGCCUAUAUCUCUCCUACUUCUGGAACUUAAAUUAAUUCUACAAAGUCAAGUCACAGUAACACUAGGUAUUUAAACAAAUCAAGCAUAAAUAUCGAAUAAGACUAUAGGGAUAAUAAUUUGAGCAUUAACCUUCCUUAACCAAAGGAAUUCAUUUUUAGAGGUAAAAGAAGAAGCAUAAAUUGA